CCGUGUGCGACGCAAAGUUGAAAAGGAAAUAACUUUCUGGGGUUUAGGAUAUAAGAGGUUCUAGUGAAUAGUGUGACAAAUAUGGACGAAUUAAAACACCAAGUCAUGAUAAAUCAGUUUGUUCUCACAGCUGGAUGUGCCGCAGACCAAGCAAAGCAGCUUUUGCAAGCCGCACACUGGGAGUUUGAGACAGCACUUAGUGCCUUUUUUCAAGAUAACAAUAUUCCAUACGGCCAUCAUCAUCAAAUGAUGUGCACUCCAGCUAACACGCCAGCGACACCUCCCAAUUUCCCAGAUGCACUUGCCAUGUUCUCUCGCCUCAAAGCCUCAGAGAGCUUUAACACCAGUAGUCCCAUCGCCUCCAUGGCAACUUCACCUCCUCCUCCUGCUCCAUCUCAUGUCAAUUGGGCGAUGAGCCCACCAGUGGCACCUGGUCAGCAGGGACUGUGGACUCCAGUUCAGCACCCCUCACAAGGUCCCCCACCACCUGGCUGGCCAGUCGCCGUUUCUCAGCAAGCAUCCAAUGAGCAGAGAGCCAGCAUCGCCAUGGAAGCAGAGAGAUGAGCCUCUAGCUGUCCUAGCCUUGCACUGAGUAGACGAUGGUAAUACUUCGUCCUCUUGAUGUCAUUGGCUGUGGUUUAAAAAGGAGUUGCAAAAAAAAUCAAGCGAUGUGGAUGAGCACUGGAGGAGAAACAGUAUGCUGGUUGGGAAAUAUGGUCAAUGAGAAAACACAUACUUUGAAAAACUACAGAAAAGCAAAGACCUUUUUUUCAAAAAAAAAAUUUUCUUCUCGAAUGUGAUAAGUGACAAGAAAUACUGACUUGUUGUAGCAUCAUCCUUAGAGACGGAUGUUUAAAAGCCACAUCUAUUUUUGUCCUAUAUGUGAUCAUUUACCUGUGUUUGACACAUAUAAGACACAUGUUGAAACAGUUUUUUUCUGUAUUUUGCUGUAGGUUGAAUGUUUCAUACUUAAUGGUGAGCCAAAAAAUAUUUUGUACCAUCAGUUGGCCAGUAAGAAGUUAACAUAUCCCUGACAGUAAGGUACAAAUCCACAUAUGAAUUUGAAUGUUAAUGUUUUCACUACUUAAGGCUUAAAUUAUGAAGUUUUGGAGAGAUUGUCCAUGUCCUGAUUUGAACUAAAACACCAAAUGAAUUGCGGCACAAUAGGUAAGGUAAAUUGUUUGUACUUUUACUGCAUAUGGGAAAGUAAAAUGCAAACAUUUGUUGCCUAACCACAUAAAUAUCAUCCAAAUUUGUUUUGAAGUUCAUAUGACCGAUCUCAAAAUGUAAUGUACGUUUUCAAAACAUGUAUAUAAGGAGAUUCAACAAGUAGCUGUAAUCGUACAGAUGGUUUGAUUCAUAUGUUUCCACCAUUGCAAAAUAUGAAUGUAUACAUGUUGUUUUUUCAUGUGCAUAUUUUCCACGUAUAACUGUAUUGAAACUGCUCCCACAAUAUUUGUGGAUUACAUGAUCAUUAACUUAUCAUUUCUGGUUGGUUUUUAAAAUA